GCGAGCCUACAUCGGAGACGCAGGAGCGUUUUAGAAGAUAGAAUAAAAUCUCCGUAGGACGCUCCGUAUCGGUUCAUUCCUCGCCGAGUUCGUUACCGAGAGGUGCUUUGACUGGAUACGUUACUUGUACAAGUUGUGCGCCGCGUCCGAGACUAUAUGGUUAUUACGGUGUACUAAAACUGUGCUUGCGGCUCCGAGUUUUCGACCAAACUGCAGGUCGCGCGGGUGUUCUAGUUUUUUUUGCUUCAGGAAAAAAAAGGUUACAUACAUAGUUCUUCCUACUUCCCGGAAUCGAUAGAAAAGCUCCUGGAAGUGAUUUUCAAAUUAAAAGUUUACGAAUAAGUGAAAGGAUGUUGUGUUUUACAGAGAGGAAAAUUGUGGGUUUCCUGAAUUUGUGCUGUGGGAGCUAGAAAUUUUAUCUCAACAGAAUCAGUGAUCAUCAACUCCCUAUUUACAGUUUUAUUGCACGUGAUUUUUUCUGCAUUUUAUAAGAUUAGAGGCGUUGUCACUCGAAGGCGAGAAUCGUUUAUUGUGUUGUUUACGUGUUGAAUCCCUUAGCAGUUAGUGUUUGAUCAAGUGGCGAUGAUCUUCACCGAAAAUAUGCGGCAUCUGUAGAGAAGGUUUAACGAGAACAAAAAAUUCGUUCGACGUUACACUGCUGAAAGCGAAGAAAAUAGAAAGAGGCUCAUCAAAAUGCCGUCAACGAUAAAAUUUAUGAGUGCAGUGUUGUUGCUGCUACACACCAACGUUCGGAGUACCAGUGCCAUGGAGCAGACCAAUGAUAUAACUCUUCCUUCGACGGAAUGGACCAGUGCCAAUACCCCCGCCAGUUUGGCCAGUGAAACCGAGUUCAUCAACCAUCAGCUCCGAUCAGUCAAGGAGCCAGAAACGACAGCUGAACUCACAACACCGACCACAACAUCAACAACAACGACGACGACGACAACAACAACAAUAGCACCAGCACCGGACUCCAACAAAAGCACCACCAUGACCCCGGAGGAGCUCCAGAGGUUGCUUCUGCCACCGGCCAAGAUCGAGGCCAGCAUACAACAUCUGAACACAACGGCGGAAAUUCAUGAGAAGAUUAUCAACGAAUCAGACUGCCCAUCGCUCGAAAGCGCCGACAAGCUGUCCCAAACCCAGCUGCUGCAACGACUAACCCACGUCUGCCGUUAUGACCGGUUGGAACGACCCUCCCCAGCUCCUUUGGCAAACGGAUCCAAACCUCCAGUUGAAGUUUAUGCUCGAGCUUACAUAUACUUUAUGCAGAACCUGGAAGCCCACGAUUUACAAUUCAAAAUUCAUGCGCUACUGCAGCUCCGUUACGUUGAUCCUCGGCUAGUCUUUGGCAAGGUAGCUCCCACCAAAACGGAACCCAUAAUGGGUGAACAAUCGCUUCGGGAUCUGCUGUGGGUGCCACAUGUCUUCCUCGCGAACGAACGGAGCUCGGAUAUUCUCGGAACGGCUGAAAAGGAUAUCCUCACGUCGAUUAGUCCCGACGGAACGGUUAUAAUUUCGACACGAAUCAGUGCCACGCUGUACUGUUGGAUGAACUUGCAGAAAUUUCCCUUCGACGAGCAGCAUUGUUCGACGAUUUUAGAAAGCUGGAUGUUGAAUACGACACACUUAACCUUGAAGUGGGAAUCAAAAUCUCCAGUGACCUUGGCCCCGGAGUUGCAUCUGACUGAAUACGUUUUGCUGGAAAUGUUCACGAACGAAACCGUUAUUAAUGCUGAUCUUAGUGAUCUACGACAUGGUUCAUUUGCUGGCAAUUACAGCUCCCUAAGCUUCACCGUGCACUUGGCUCGAGAGAUGGGCUUCUAUUUGAUGGACUACUUCAUCCCGUCUUGUAUGUUGGUAGCUAUCUCAUGGGUCACCUUUUGGCUCCAGGCUGAUCAGUCAGCGCCCCGAAUCACCCUCGGUACCAGCACUAUGUUGACCUUCAUUACUCUGGCUUCGGCUCAGGGCAAAACACUGCCCAAAGUCAGCUACAUCAAAGCGUCCGAAAUAUGGUUCCUCGGAUGCACGGGUUUCAUCUUCGGUAGCUUGGUAGAGUUUGCAUUUGUGAACACCAUUUGGAGGAGGAAAAAGAAUGUCGAACUGAAGAAAAAGAAUAGCAAAUACAUUUUCAAAUCGCUCACGCCUCUUCCAUCGCGCAAGGAAAUGGGAGGACUGCAAAAAUCUCAUUCAUGCACCAGUUUGGAUGGGCAAGCCACCAUAACUGCAGCGAACUCCUACAACAAUUAUCUAACAGUUCAUUCUUUUCCAUCGAAAUCAAACUCGGCACUCCCAAUCAUUACCACCUCGAACGACGACACCUUGGAUAAUCGUAACGGAAAUAUUGCCAUCAAAAUUGAUGACGCAUCCGGUGACCCAAGCAAAACGACCGACAAAACCGGUUGGACCACGAUGACACCGCAAGAGAUAGCCAUCUGGAUAGACAAACGUUCCCGAUUCGUGUUUCCCAUCUGCUUCCUUAUCUUUAAUAUAUUCUAUUGGACAUUCGUGUACUAUUUGUAAAUUCUUUAGACUUUACAGUCAUCAGUGUGUGUACAUCUUUUACAGUAACAAUAACUGGUAAUUUAAGUGAUUGAAAAGUCAUUCUAUUGCGACAAAUGCAGUGAUAUCCGACAGCUUUUAAAUGAUCAUAAUAGUUUAGAUGUGUCGCAAAGCGAUUAGGGAACCUUCUUUGUAUUGUGUAAUUGACAACGAAUUUGUACACGCGAGUAUCUGAGCUAACAGUGCCUUCAACUAGAUGUAAGCCAUGAUUGUGAAACUGACUUAAUAGACCAAUUAUUUAUUUAUGAUAUAAAUUCGC